GCCGCUUGCUUCUCUCAAGGGAAUUUUCUCAACCAUCCCAGCUCCCCCCGAUUUGCCCAAAGAUGCCUGAGCUUAGCGAAAUUGGCUACUCGCGCGACGCGUGCGUUGCCGCAGUCCGCGGCUACUAUGACUUCCUCACCAAGAUGUAUCUCGACGAGUCGGACAUUGUCGAGCCACCUGAGGGGGGCUGGCCUAGCAUCACGACCGAGAGCCUGCAAAGCUUGGGCAAGACGAACGAAGUCAUUUUGCUGCUCCGCCAUCUGCCCUACCUCCGCGCGGCUAACAGCCGAGCCCUCAGCCUUGGCCGAACCAACAGCGAUGAACUCAGGGUGUGUUCGGAGGACCCUGAGAUAUCUGAAGACGUACCUGCCCAUGUUGUCGGCCUCACAAGCGGCGGCGAUGAAGACACUCCCGUCUUUCUGCUCGACACAGAGCUCGGCAUUGUCCACUGUCCUGGAUGCAAUGACGGGAUGAGGCACAAUCCCUCGCGGGAGCCAGUGCUGGACGAUCCGUACGACUGGGCGCCUGAGAAUGAGGCCGAGUGGCGCGCCGACGCCCCCGCCUGGGGCAUCGCUGAUUUCUUCGAGGUUCUCAAGGACCAGUUCCGGGAGUUGCACUUCAUCCCCAUCACCUCACGGAAUGUGGUGGAUAUCUGGGCCACGCUCCAUCCAAGCGCGGACGGCAUGGUAGCCAUGGUGCAGAGCAUCUAUCGCACGCAUGGUUGGCCUAACCUAGAGCGGUAUCGCAAGCGGGAGUGUCUGGAGGCUGUGCAAAAGGCGUUGCAGGAGCGGUAUCCUGGUUAUGAAGAGGCCCGUCCUGACGACGAGUGA